AUGUGGGCUAUAAAGCCAGGGGCACUUUGUCAAAUUAUUAGAAAAGGGAGAAAAGCUCACAUCGAUGUAAUCGGAGAGGAAGCAGGUGGGGACAGCCUUGACUGGUCUGACGAACGCGAAGCCCAUCAGCUCCCUCAGCUUUGCCGGCGUCUGCGGCAUCAGUAUGUUGGCCGCCUCGUCCACGUCAGCCACCUCGAACAGCCCCUCCCUCAGGUCCCUCUCCUCCAGGCACACCCCCGUGCAGCACAGCACCACCUUCUCCACCGCCUCCGGGAAAUCCGCCGCCAGGCUGUAGGCCACGAACCCCCCGUAGCUGAUCCCCACCACGCUCGCCCUUGCCACCCCGUGCGCCGCCAUCAGCCGCAUCACGCACCGCGCCUGGAAGCCCUCGCUCCGGUCGGGCAGCGGGGUCGUGGACUCCCCGAAGAAGACCAGAUCCGGCACGUAGAUGUUGAACCGCGGCAUCAGGUGACGGAGGAGCUCGCCGUACUGCCACAUCGCGUUCGCCCCGAAUCCGUGGACCAGAAGGAGGUUGGGCUUCGCCGGCUUGUGCGAUUUGGGGACCCAGCAGUGCAUCACGGUGCCGCCGUCGUGCAGAUCCGUCUUCACGGAUCGGAGACCCGAGUAGGAGAAGAAGCUCCGGUAGAGGAAAUCGGCGGAGCCGGUGAAGCUCAGGCACCUCGCCAUUUUUCCCGACGAGAGCGGCGGCGAUUCCGAUUUCCCCUUUCUUUUUGUCUUCUUCUUUUCCCUUUCCCAAAGUGCCCCUGCACAGCUGUGCGCAACAGAAGAAGAUUAUUAAUAUAG